CUCUUUUUUUUUUCUUUCUUCUCCUUUUUUUUUUUUUUUCUUUCGUUGUCGUUGUUGUUCCAGCGCAAUGUCGAAUCGCAAGUCCGGCGAGACAGUGCCGCUGCUGCAAGGCGAACCGCAGGGCUCUCCGCGAACACAAUCACAAUACUACAACAACAAGCUGAAUGAGAGCACAGUGAGCGCCAAGUCGCUGUCGCAGAGCUUCCAGCAGUCUGCGAGCUCGAGCAGCGCCGCCGCGACCAACGCUUCGCCCGCGACCCCCGCGCCCACUGGCUGGCGCAAGGCCGUUUCCGGCGAGGGCUUCAAGCUCGGCAUGCUGCUGCUGACGGUCGUUCUCAUCGGCACAACCAACCGCGUGACAUUCAAAAUCAUGCAGUACGGCAACACCAACUACAUGUACUUUGUCUCGCAGUUCACCUCGUUCAUCUUCAUCCCGAUCUUCUUCGCCGUCAUUCUGUUCAAGCGCCUCUUCACCAACGACAUCACUCCCGACCAACUGGCCUUCCCAAAGUACAAGUUUGCCGUCAUGGGCGGCCUCGACACGCUCCAGGGUCUGUUCAUCACUGUCGGCGGCCGAAACGUGCCCGGCAUGAUGCAAAACCUGCUCUUGCAAGGCGCCGUCCCAGUCACCAUGCUUGCCUCCAUCAUCUUCCUGCGUCCAACUGGUUGCGACAACUGCAAAAAGAUGCGCAAGGUCCUCACCACGCGCAAAAUCAGCUUCUCGGAGCAGUCUACUCUGCCAACCCUCAAGUGCACUGACGACGAGUGCAAGAGCUGGGCCUCGCUGAACGGCACGAACGUUCGCAACGGCGACGUGAACGAGCUUACUCGUGUGCUCGACAACGAAAUGCCAUCCACCCUCAAGCCCCAGGUCACGCUCUACACUAGUGCACAGCCCUGGAAGGAACAUCUCAAGUCCUUCUACAGCGUUUGGCAAUACGUUGGCGCUGUCAUCAUUCUUGCUGGUCUCGUUGUUUCGGUCUGGCCCGCUGUUUCUGGCGGCGAUGGUGGUGGCCCAGUUGCGGACGACAUGCUCUUCUUCACUGCUACUCUCCCUACGGCUCUUUCUGGCGUGUACAAGGAGAUUGCCUUCCGCUCCUGCGAUGACAUGGAUGUCUGGUACCUGAACGGCUGGGUCUCGGUCUUCCAGUUCCUGCUGGGUCUUCCUUUGGCACCGCUCGCUGCAGUCAUGUCCGAUCUUGCCGUCACUGACAUUCCCAGCAAUCUCUGGGAGGGUAUCGAGUGUCUCUUUGCUGCUCACAACACGAUCGUUCCUACCAACUCGUCGAGCUCCUGCGUUACCUUCUCCAACUGCACCACCAAUUGCUGCGAUUCUUGCGACGGCUCCUUCUCUGAGGUCUCUGCCCUUCCCGCUUACGGUGGCAUGCUCAUGUAUCUGUCUGCCAAUCUCAUCUAUAACGUCGUCCUUGUCAUGGUUAUCAAGUACGGUAGCGCUGCGUUGAUGUAUGUGGCCAGCACGGCUGUGCUCCCUCUCGGCGCCAUCUGCUUCACUAUUCCCGCCUUCUUGGGCGAUCACGCAAAGGACUUUACCGUGUACGACGGCAGCGGUCUCGGCAUUGUGCUCGCUGGUUUGAUUGUUUACCGCUUUGUCGGCGGCCUCAUGAAGAAGCGUCAACAAGUACCGUCAAAGGCUUUGAUCUCCAUCAACAUGACCGAGCCUACAAUGAUUGAAUCCGAUCAUGUUCGGCAACAGGAGAAAUUCAAGCCACGAACAGCAGCUCGUAUGCGCAGCGACCUUUACAUGCGCCUUGGUGUACAAACUCCGCCCCCGCAACAUAUGCGGAUUAACAUGGAGACUCAGUACGACACCGACGCAUAAGCGACCUUUGUUGGUUUCUGUUGUUUCAUUUUUUUUUUCCCCCUUUCUUUCUUUCUGUGUUUGUUGCCUUCAUUCCGAUUCCCGUUUUGAAAUAACAAUCUCCCCAUCCCCUCGAUU